AUGGGUUCAUCAGGAAUGAACAAUGACCGCUCCCGCGGAUCUCACAACAACAGUGUGGGAAAAGGGUUCGGUGGCAAAUCCAGCUGGAAUAACAACAUCUGGGGUGAUUCAAACCUUGGAAGCGGGUUCGGUGAAGGUAUGUGUACCGAUAUGGUGACCAAUGUGGAGGGUUUGAUUUCAACAGACAGCGGUGCUUACAAGAUGAACGCAGAUCAACACAUCGGUGAAACAGCAUUUGAAGGAAAGUCAGGAUCAGGCUCCUUGUUAUCAACAUCAGAAUCAGAUGGCUGGGCAGGUCGGCCCAAUCUACCAUGGAGCACAGUGAACCCGUCACUUGCCAUGGGACAGAAUCGUGCUAUUGCUACAUCGCCUAUUCAGACUCGUGCCAACGACCGCAGUGCGCCCGCAAUGAAUGAUACCCCGGAUUCCUCCUACUUCAACUUGCCUCGUACCUCUGGGAUCGGGAGCGCUUCAACUACAGUGAGCCAUCGCCCUUAUCUGAACUCUUCUUCAGAGGGUAUUUCGCCUUCCGCAGAUGGCAUGGCAUUUGGUGGAUUCCCCGCUCUGCGGAAUGGAGAUGGAAGACGUCAGAUGAACUCGUCAGGCCUAGCCGGAAGCCCCGUGGGAGCUUCAUUCCCGAACAAGGCUGGCUUCAGCGGCUCUCUUGAUGGUUCUCGAUCCGAUGAGAUGACGACUGGCAUGGGAAUGACAUCACUGCCUUCUGGUCUCCCGGAUGGAGUAUCACCACCCCAGACGCGCAGCUCGCUCUCUCACAUGCCUCACAACUCCGUUUCUUAUGCCCAAAGACCCGUUCACUCCGCUCAUCCUUCUUUCUACUCUGACAAUCACAGCAUUGACGGUCGGUAUGGUGGCGGCUCCAUUGAUCUUGGCGCCCAGUUCAACAAUCUGCAGCUGAAUGAUGGUGGAUUCAACGCACAGGGGUCUUCUCAGCGCCCGCCCUUUGUGGCACAUUCAUCCUUUGAUAGCUCCGUCGCUCGGAACAAGUACCAGAACGAUGAAUCCAGCUACCAGUCCCUUGCUGGCUAUGGCGGAGAAGGAUCCCAAGAUUUGCAUCUCGCAUACCAGACACAGUCUAGGGGCACUGAAACUGGCUCCAUCUCCCCGUCUGACUACGCUCGUAUGGAUAGCCCGUUGUACGGUGGAGCUGAUGCUGCUAACCAAUAUCGCAACGCAAAUGGCCGCAUGUCUGAUAACCAAGCUGCCGCAGUCUUCGAGCGAAGACUGCGGAAUUUCCAAGAGCAGGAAUUCGUUCAGGCCCAAGGGCAGCGUAUGCAGAUUCCGAAUGGCUAUAAUUACUCAAACUACCAGAACGCCGCUCGGUUGAACGCCAUUCAAGGAUUCUACCCAAUGGCGCAACUUGGUGGUCUGGGUGGCGCAGCAGCUUUAGCAUCUCGCGUCCAACGUGAACAUGACCCGACGCAGGUUGUUCGGAGCCCUCUCUUGGAAGAAUUUCGUGCGAACAGCAAGGGAAACAAGCGUUACGAGUUGAAAGACAUCUACAACCACGUUGUUGAGUUCAGUGGUGACCAGCAUGGCUCGCGAUUUAUCCAGCAGAAGCUUGAGACUGCCAACAGUGACGAGAAAGAGCAGGUCUUCCGAGAAAUUCAACCGAAUUGUCUGCAGCUCAUGACCGACGUUUUCGGCAAUUAUGUCGUACAGAAACUGUUUGAACACGGAAACCAAACACAGAAGAAGAUUCUCGCGAACCAGAUGCGCGGGCAUGUGCUCGCUUUGUCGACUCAGAUGUACGGCUGCCGUGUUGUACAAAAGGCUCUAGAGCAUAUCCUCACUGAUCAGCAAGCCGGCAUGGUAAAGGAGCUGGAGAACCAUGUUUUGAAAUGCGUUCGUGACCAAAAUGGAAACCACGUUAUUCAGAAAGCGAUUGAGCGUGUGCCAUCACAAUAUGUUCAAUUCAUCAUCAAUGCCUUCCGUGGCCAAGUCAACCGAUUGGCUGCCCACCCCUAUGGCUGCCGUGUCAUUCAGCGCAUGCUAGAGCACUGCGAGGAGGUCGACCGCCAGUCUAUUCUGGCUGAGCUGCACGCCUGCACUUCAAAUCUCAUUCCAGACCAGUUUGGCAAUUAUGUGAUCCAACAUGUAAUCGAAAAUGGCGAUGAGAGCGAUCGCGACCGCAUGAUCACCAUUGUCAUGUCACAGAUUCUUGCAUACUCCAAGCACAAGUUUGCCAGCAAUGUUGUUGAGAAGAGUAUCGAGUUUGGCAAAGAAAACCAGCGUCACCACAUCAUCUCCACUCUGACCUCCCCCAACGAUCGCGGUGAAAGUCCUUUGCUUGGUCUGAUGCGCGACCAGUAUGGCAACUAUGUUAUUCAAAAAGUUCUUGGACAACUCAAGAGCGAUGAGCGAGAAGCUCUCAUUGAACAGAUUAAGCCCAUGCUUAGCCAGCUGAAGAAGUUCAGCUAUGGCAAGCAGAUUGUGGCAAUUGAGAAGCUCAUCUUCGACCCCAACUCACCCGCCACUGGUCCCAUCCCCCCUACCACUUCUACCACACCUCCCCAUUCUCACAAAUCCUCUCCUCAGCCUUCCAAGCGCUCAAUCCCCAUUGAGCAAUCUCGCGCCCCAUUUGUUGGUACGGCACCGCCCACACCUCCCCCAACGGACAAUCAAAGCGCCGUCGACGGCUCUCUUGAGUCCAAGGGACUUGCUAAGAGCACUGUGACCUCGGUCUCCAGUCCCGAGACGGGUAACACGGGUGUUCCUGUCCCGGUCGAUGUCACUAGUGCUCACUAA